CAGGAAGGUAAAUAACGGCUCCAGCUCUCUCUCUCUCUCUCCCUGAAGGAAGAAGCAAGAAGAUCGAAGGGCAUCGUCGCAAGAAAACAUGACGACUGCAGCGAGACCCACAUGGGCACCUGCUAAAGGUGGUAAUGAACAAGGCGGUACUCGAAUUUUUGGCCCAUCUCAGAAGUAUUCUUCAAGGGAUAUUGCAUCUCACACGACCCUAAAACCAAGGAAGGACGGACAAGACACCCAUGAGGAACUGCAGAGGAGGAACCUCCGCGAGGAGUUGGAAGAGCGCGAGCGGAGGCAUUUCUCGUCAAAGGAUAAGGCCUACAAGGAAGACCGAGACCACCAUAGGAAGGGAGGCCAUCUUCUGCUGGAAGGGACAAAGAGGGAGUUUGAAGACCGCAUCAUUCCACGCAAUGCAGAUGCUGAUGAUGCUGAUGUGGAAGUCAAAAGUGACGAUGAGAGUGAUGAUGAGGAUGAUGAUGAUGAGGAUGACACAGAAGCUCUUUUGGCUGAGCUUGAACAGAUAAAGAAAGAGAGAGCUGAGGAAAAACUCCGAAAUGAAAGGCAACAACAACAAGAAGAACUAAAAGCCAAGGAGGCAGAACUGUUACGAGGAAACCCUCUGCUUAAUACUCCAACCUCCUUUAAUGUGAAAAGAAGGUGGGACGACGAUGUGGUUUUCAAGAACCAGGCUCGUGGUGAAACCAAGACUCCCAAGCGCUUCAUCAAUGACACCAUCCGAAGUGACUUUCAUCGGAAAUUUCUCCAGAAAUAUAUGAAGUAACUCCACUAUUUGAGCAAAACUGCAGCCAGAUAUAGGAAGCCUAUUGUGAAAUCCUAGGAAUUUCUGGGUUCCUGAUCCUUGUAUGUAGCAAGAGGCAGCAGUAAUUGUGCUGUGUUGGAAUUUGGCUAGAAAUGAAUAUGUAACAUCAUCAGUGGACAGAUCAUAUUGUGUGUGAAACUGACAAGUAUUAAUUUAUCUUAUGG